AUGGAAUGCUGGUUCUGCAAGCACGGUUAUACAAACCGAUGUCAAAACGGACCAUCAUUCGGUAGUAUGGCACUGGAUGGUGGCCAAGCUGAGUAUGUCCGCAUUCCUUUUGCCGACAGUACGCUCGAAACAAUCCCCGAAGAUGUGGACGAUGAUCUGAUGAUGUUAAUGUGCGAUAUAUUCCCUACUGGCUACUACGGGACUAUGAAAGCUCUCACAAAAUUGAUGCAGAAUACAGAGACUGCUGAGACCAUUUUCAACUUUAAACCAGUUCCAUCCGCACCUAAGUUAUAUUACACACGACAGGAGCUUAAAGAUGUAACUGUGGUCUGCUUGGGGUGUGGGCCAGUUGGGAUAUGUGGUGUACUUACGGCUGUGGCUCUUGGUGCUGGCACAGUUUACGCAGUCGACUCAGUUCCAGAUCGCUUGGAACAAGCUAGGAACAUGGGCGCUAUACCUUUGACACUCGGGGUUGAUGAUAUCGUAAGUAUCAUUAAAGCGGCUACUGAUGGGCGGGGUGCGGAUGCUGUGGUAGAAAAUGUUGGAAACAGAGCCGCUAUGAGACUAGCCUUUGACUUAGUGAGAGCUUGUGGUGUGAUUUCAUCCAUUGGCUUUCAUCAAUCAGACUUGCCGUUUGACGCUUUUGAGGCAUAUUCUAAGAACAUCGAUCUUAACAUGGGACGAGCAGCUGUGCGCCCAGUAUUCGGAGAAGCAUUGAGAAUCCUGACCGAGCACCAAGACAAACUGUCCAGCUUCAUCAGCCAUAAAAUGCCACUUAGGGAGGCACCCGCAGCCUACGAUAUGUUCGAAAAGCACCAGGCACGAAAAGUGCUUUUCACGCUAUGA